GAAUGUUUUUUCUCCCCUAAUAUGGAGCUAGGAGACCACCUGCUUGGACCUCAGCCAUCCCGUUAAACGCGGGCCGGCCGGACGAUUACAUCAGGAUCUGCGUUUUGCUCUCGCCCUUUAUGAUAGUUUAGCUAUGCAUCAUGUCAUCGUAGUCACCCCUGAAGAGCGUUUUCCUGCAAGGAACGGCAUAGGAGAUCUGCUAUGUAGGUCUGUGAUCCUGUGCUUAAACCGGGCCUUGUAUCCGUACACAAAGGUCCAUCUGAGAAGCAGCUGCCUGCAGGACUAAUAGAUCAGCAUAGUCCUUGACUUCUGAUCAUCCCAUCUUUUGGAUCUUUCCACCUUCUCCUCGGUUCUUCGCACGCUUCAUCCUCCUACCUUGGCGCACUUGAUCUAAAAGUGUAUACCUACAAUCCUUGAUCAUACCUUUACCUAUCACCAUCGUAAAUCAGAAAACAGUCAAGUCAUGAAGCUGUCACUCCUCCUCAUCGCCGCCCCCGCGGCACAAGCUGCGGUCUCAUACAUGUCAGCUGUCCCCGACACGCUUAUGGCCAUGGUCGAGUCAUCAGAAGACUGCAACCUACCCGACGACUUUCAGAUUCAAAACUUCGCCGCCGAGGCAGCGGAUGGCAAGACGGCGGACUCGCUCGACUUUACCUUUAACGACGACAGCACCAUCCUGAACACGCAAUGCCACCUCAACGCCUCAUCAGUGCCGGUGCCUGGUGACGGCCGGACACCGAGGUACGCUUGCGACAACGCUAGCGUGCAGUUCAUCUGGCAGAAUGGCACGAUGACCGUCAUCGAGAAGGUUUGCCCUGGUGACGACGGUGCCGCCGACUACGAGGCGUCCGGGACGGCUACGGUCCCGUUGGUAUGCGACGGAGGUGCCGCGAACGGGACGGGCAACGCCGCCAGGUCGCACAGGCGUACAAGGAGGGCCGCCGUUGCAUGCAAGUCCAACUCGGACGACAUCCGAUCGAGAUUCUUCAGCAUCCAGCCGGUUGGUUGAGAGGGCGGGGGAGGAUUAUCAUGGGAUGAACGUAAAAAAGCAAACAAGAAAAUACACACAACGGCACUGUUCGUGGAUGAUGAAACAGACAUGAGUGAAUGCACGCUGAGAGGUUCUUGGGUUACAGUUACAGAUGUAGGCCUGAAACAGAACCUUUCCUGAUGAGUGGAAAAGCAAAAUGGAAAUCAUUCGUAAUGAAGGCACGAGAACUAUCAAAUAGAACAAUCAAUAGACCUAAGCUUCCGCCCAGUUUUCGCAUGAGAUGAUUGAAAUUGAAGUCA